GCCAUCUUAGCCGCCGCCGCCGCCUCCAGCGCAGCGCUGCCGACUAGGGGAGGCGCGCGCGGCCCAGCAGCACGGCGGCUGCUGCUCCCAUCCCGGUGCUCGCCGCGCCGCCCAGCCGCGGGGACCCCGGCUGUCUGCGCCCCUCUUAGCGUCCCGCGCACCUCCCUGCCGCUUCCGCGUCGGGCCGGCCGCGGCGCCCCGAGCCCGAGCGAUGCUGCGCCGCCCUGCGCCCGCGCUGUCCCCGGCCGUCCCGCUGCUGCUGGCCGGGCUGCUGAGCGGCGGCGGGGUCUGGGCCGCGCGAGUGAACAAGCACAAGCCACAGCUGGAGCCCACCUACCACGGCAUAGUCACUGAGAACGAUAACACGGUGCUGCUCGACCCCCCGCUCAUCGCCCUGGAUAAAGAUUCACCGCUGCGGUUUGCAGAGAGUUUUGAGGUGACAGUCACCAAAGAAGGUGAGAUUUGUGGCUUUAAAAUCCACGGGCAGAAUGUCCCUUUUGAUGCUGUGGUAGUGGAUAAGUCCACGGGUGAGGGGGUAAUCCGCUCCAAAGAGAAGCUGGACUGUGAGCUUCAGAAAGACUACACCUUCACCAUCCAGGCCUACGACUGCGGGAAGGGACCUGACGGCACGGGUGUGAAAAAAUCUCACAAAGCAACUGUCCACAUCCAGGUGAACGACGUGAAUGAGUACGCACCUGUGUUCAAGGAGAAGUCCUACAAGGCGGCCGUGGUGGAAGGGAAGCAGCAUAGCAGCAUCCUCAGGGUGGAGGCGGUGGACGCAGACUGCUCCCCUCAGUUCAGCCAGAUCUGCAGCUAUGAGAUCCUCACCCCAGACGUGCCCUUCACGGUGGACAAGGACGGUUAUAUUACAAACACAGAGAAGCUAAACUACGGCAAAGAGCACCAGUAUAAGCUCACCGUCACGGCCUAUGACUGUGGGAAGAAAAGAGCCACAGAGGACGUUCUGGUGAAGAUCAGCGUCAAGCCCACCUGCAACCCUGGGUGGCAAGGCUGGAGCAGCAGGAUUGAAUAUGAGCCAGGCACUGGUGCUCUGGCCGUCUUCCCGAGCAUCCGCUUGGAGACCUGUGAUGAGCCUGUCGCCUCAGUGCAGGCCACAGUGGAGCUGGAGACCAGCCACAUAGGGAAAGGCUGUGACCGAGACACCUACUCUGAGAAGUCCCUUCACCGGCUCUGUGGGGCUGCUGCUGGCACCUCCGAGCUGCUUCCUUCCCCAAGCAGCUCCUUGAACUGGACUGUUGGCCUCCCCACCGACAACGGCCACGACAGCGACCAGGUCUUUGAGUUCAAUGGCACUCAGGCAGUGAGGAUCCCGGAUGGCAUUGUGUCCCUUGACCCCAAAGAGCCCUUUACUAUUUCUGUGUGGAUGCGGCAUGGGCCUUUUGGCCGGAAGAAGGAGACGAUUCUCUGUAGUUCAGACAAAACAGAUAUGAACCGACACCAUUAUUCGCUGUAUGUCCAUGGGUGCAGACUCAUUUUCCUCCUCCGUCAGGACCCGUCUGAGGAGAAGAAGUACAGACCUGCAGAGUUCCACUGGAAGUUGAACCAGGUCUGCGAUGAGGACUGGCACCACUUUGUCCUUAAUGUGGAGUUCCCAAGUGUGACUCUCUAUGUGGAUGGCGUUUCUCAUGAGCCUUUCUCGGUGACAGAGGACUACCCGCUUCAUCCAACCGGGAUAGAGACUCAGCUUGUGGUCGGAGCUUGCUGGCAAGAGUAUUCAGGAGUCGAAAGAGACAAUGAGACCGAGCCUGUGACUGUGACCUCUGCAGGUGGUGACCUGCACAUGACACAGUUUUUCCGGGGUAACCUGGCUGGCCUCACCAUCCGUUCUGGGAAACUGGCGGAUAAGAAAGUGAUUGACUGUCUGUACACCUGCAAGGAGGGACUGGACCUGCAGGUCCCUGAGGAUGGCAGCAGAGGCGUGCAGAUCCACACAAGCUCCAGUCAAGCAGUGUUGACCUUGGAGGGAGACGAUGUUGGAGAGCUGGAUAAGGCCAUGCAGCAUGUUUCUUACCUGAAUUCAAGGCAGUUCCCCACACCCGGCAUCCGCAGGCUGAAAAUCACCAGCACAGUCAAGUGUUUUAAUGAGGCGGCCUGCAUCGAGGUGCCUCCAGUUGAAGGCUACGUGAUGGUUUUGCAGCCAGAAGAGCCCAAGAUCAGCCUGAGUGGGGUCCACCACUUUGCCCGGGCGGCUUCAGAGUUUGAGAGCCCAGAGGGUGUCUCCCUCUUCCCUGAGCUUCGAAUCAUCAGCACUAUCACCAGAGAAGUGGAGCCUGAGGGGGACGGGGCCGAGGACCCCACAGUUCAAGAGUCCCUGGUGUCAGAGGAAAUUGUGCAUGACCUGGACACCUGCGAGGUCACAGUGGAAGGCGAGGAGCUGAACCCAGAGCAGGAGAGCCUGGAGGUGGACCUGGCCCGCCUCCAGCAGAAGGGCAUCGAAGUGAGCCACUCCGACCUGGGCGUGGUCUUUACAGGUGUGGACACCAUGGCAAGCUAUGAGGAGGUUUUACACCUUCUGCGCUAUCGGAAUUGGCACACCAGGUCCCUGCUUGACCGGAAGUUCAAGCUCGUUUGCUCAGAACUAAAUGGUCGCUACCUCAGCAAUGAAUUCAAGGUGGAGGUGAAUGUGAUCCACACAGCCGACCCUGUGGAACACGCCAAUCACAUGGCUGCCCAGCCACAGUUUGUCCAGCCUGAACAUCGCUCCUUUGUUGACCUGUCUGGUCACAACCUGGCCAAUCCUCACCCAUUCGCAGUUGUCCCCAGCACGGCGACUGUUGUGAUUGUGGUGUGUGUCAGCUUCCUGGUUUUCAUGAUCAUCCUGGGGGUGUUUCGGAUCCGAGCUGCGCAUCAGCGUACGAUGCGGGACCAGGACACCGGGAAGGAGAAUGAGAUGGACUGGGAUGACUCUGCCUUGACCAUCACUGUCAACCCCAUGGAGACAUAUGAGGACCAGCACAGCAGUGAGGAGGAGGAAGAGGAAGAGGAGGAAGAGGAGAGUGAAGAUGGGGAGGAGGAGGAGGACAUCACCAGCGCCGAGUCAGAGAGCAGUGAAGAGGAGGAAGGCGGCCCCGGGGACGGCCAGAGCGCCACACGGCAGCAGCAGCUGGAAUGGGAUGACUCCACGCUCAGCUACUGAAUACGCGCCACGACACCUGCUCUCCAAAACCCUCUCCUAGCCAUCUCCCAGCCCCACGGGUCCACGAUGUACAAAAUCAUUUCGGCCAGCAGGCCUGCAGACCCCUCCCCCAUCGCUGAACAUCCGCCUGUGCUUGGUGUGUGGGACCAUAGGCUCCACCCUCCUCCCUCCCAGCCCAUCACCCUCGCAGUUUUGCUAGGAGCUGGCACUUCCUCCCUGGCCGCAUCUGGGUGCAGUGGCCCUGCAGCACCUCAGACCCCAUAUGUGGCUGGAGUCCCCCGUCAGUCGAGGAGAGGACACCAGCACCUCCAGCCUCCAGAGAGGCUGCGAUGACUGGGCUUGCUGACAAAGCGUAAAAAUUACUCCCACCCAGUAAUCAUUUUUCUUCUUUAUUUUUAAAAGUUUUUAUUUUUUUCCAAACUAGUGCAUGUAUAAAGUGGGAGAAUGGGGGUUACUAUGUAGAUGACCAACUGACUUUUUAAUAUUUUGUAAAUAAAUUGGGAUUCUCUGUGUCUUCUGUGCUAGUAUAGUCCAGGACAGGAAUGUAAAGUGAAGUCAGAACACAGGCCCAGGAGGAACUCUCCUCCCCUCUCUUCCACCUUCCUCACAAGAAACCAGGUUGGAGAGGUCCAAGUCACUGGGGCCCGUGCUGGGGUCUCUGUACAGCCAUGUGGCCAGGGGCCACAGGCUUUGAGUGCUGCUUAGGGGACCAGACCCGAGCACCGACCACACUGGAGGCUGGGAAGAGCCAGGUAGUAGCCAAGGCCCCUGGCCUCUUACACUCCUGUGGCUGGCAGCCACCCUGCUGUGCAGCCUUGUGCUUUCUGCUCAUUAAAUGUGUCUCCCUGUUGGUGCAAACCUGUAGCUCACGGGAACUGACAUCAAUUCUGCGAGACAGUCAGGCUCCUUGAUUUGAGGACAACAGGCCUGAGCACCUCUACACUACAGCAUCCAAAAGGAGAUCCUGAGGCCCAAAGACAAAGUGCUAGAAUGUUCCAAAACAGUCUGUUUCCUCUCCUCCCCGGAGGCUCCGUGGGAUGCCCCCUUGCUGUCCUGGUGUGGGGUGAGACUCAAGCCCCAGUAGUUAGGAGUCUUGCUGCUUGGUGGAAGGGUUGGAGACAGCAGUGUGGCCCCACACAGCACUCAGCUUCUCAUUUACAAUCAGUUUAGACCUCUCCAGCUGGGGACCUCCGGCCCUUGCUGCUGGUUUGAAGGAUGCUGACGGCUGUGCUGUCUGUGGCCGCCCUCCCAUGUCCUGCCCCUGUAGUUGUUUUAUUAGACGAUGGAAAGAGGCUAAUGCGGAGAGGGACAUUGUCAUGUGUCGGUAGCUGCAGCGUCUGUCUGUCCGUCCCCUUCAGUAUGUGUAUAUUGACGCUAGGUCGGGAAGUGUAUGCACUAUAAUAAAGUUCUGGUUCUAACUCUA